UCGCGAUGGCGCCGCCGAUGCCACGCGGCCGGUCCUCAUGGCGCUUCAACAUGAACACGAUCAUCAUGCUCAGCAUGUUCCUCGUCGUCUGCGUCCUUGUGCGCGUGAACCUGAGCUUCGUCCACAGCAGCAGCCAGGCGGCGCUCGAGCCGCGGCUGCGCCAGGUCGACCGCGGCCUUCCGCAGGGCACGACCAAGCGCGAGCGGCGCACGAUCGUGCUCAUCGCCAACUACCGCGACACGGCGCGGUGCGCCGAGACGCUCCAGUCCAUGUACGCGCAGGCGUCGCAGCCCGACUUGCUCUCGGUGAGCAUCUUUGACCAGAUCUACGAGGAGCAGGGCGAAGGCCGGUGCUACGACGCGUACUGCGACAAGGUCGGCGAGGCCAACUGCCGCCGGUCGCAGCUGCGCCGCAACGACACGAUCAACGCGCUGCACGCGACGGGUCCGACGUUCGCGCGGUACCAGACCGAGAAGGGCAUCGACCUCGCGAUCGACACGUUCUCGCUCGCGAUCGACUCGCACAUUGUGUUUGUGCCGCACUGGGACAAGGACCUCAUCGAGCAGUGGGACUCGCUGCAGAACGAGAAGGCGAUCAUCACUGUCUACCCUCGCUCGACCGACAACACGCCGCGCAACAUGGACACCUCCCUCGACACGACCGCGAUCCUCAUGUGCACGGGCAAGAUCGAGACCGAAGACGCCGACGCGAUGAUCUCGUACGACGCCGUGCAGCUCAUUCCGGUGCCCGAGAAGCCCCGUCUCAUGUCGCAGUUUGCGGGCGGCUUCAACUUUGGCACCGCGAUCCAGGCGCUCGAGGUCCGGAACGACCCGUACACGCCGUACCUCUUUCACGGCGAAGAGUACUCAAAGGCCGCGCGCCUCUUCACGCACGGCUACGACAUGUACGUCCCGAAGCGCCAGGUCGUGUACCACUGGUACGAGAAGCGCAACGUGGUCUGGGAGCGCGACUGGGGCGACCGGUACGUCGUCCAGCAAAAGGCCAAGCGCCGGAUCCGCACCGUCCUCGGCCUCUCGACGACCAGCGACGACUACGACAAGACGGACAUUGACAAGUUUGGGCUCGGCACGAAGCGCACGUUUGAGCAGUUUCGCGCCUUCUCUGGUAUCGACCCGACCGCCGCGUACUACAAGGACAACUACGCGCAGUUCAACAACUGCCGAGACCUCGAGUACGUCCCAUACAACGACUAACUCAUUCAUCGAUCGAUGCUUGCUUUUCCCGCUGCCAUGACAAACGC